ACCUCCAACAUGACUUCUUCACUGUCAGGAACUAAGGAGAGGAGCAGCCGGAGCAGAAAAUAUGGGAUGCCUGACACUUCACCAACAAAAGCUGCCUCCUAUUUCCCGGACACAUGGUACCGAAAGGCCUACGAGGAAACCGCCCGCUCCAGCGUACGCCCGGCCCCAGAGGGUGCUGGCUCCAUGCCCAGCUCCACCGGCACCCCGUCCCCAGGCUCUGGGAUCUCAUCACCAGGAUCCUUCUCUGGCUCUCCAGGAACCACCUCCCCGGGUAUCGGCACAGGAUCUCCGGGAUCUCUUGGUGGCUCCCCCGGCUUUGGGACAGGAUCGCCUGCCUCAGGCAGCGGGAGCUCCCCUGGGAGUGAGAGAGUGAUCUGGUGUGAGAACUGCAAUGCUCGGCUGACCGAGCUGAAGCGACAAGCCCUCAAACUGCUCAUCCCUGGUCCGUACUCCAGCAAGGACCCGUCCUUCUCACUCCUCCUCCAUGAUAAGCUCCAGGUGCCCAACAGUUCUCGACGGGCGUGGAACGAGCGAGACAGCCGUUGUGAUGUCUGCGCCACGCACCUCACUACUCUCAAACAGGAAGCUGUGCACAUGGUCUUGACUCUGGACCAGUGGGAUUUGUCUCCCACCUCGUCUCCUCCAGCCCUUAUUGGACCAUAUGGAUCUCAUGGACUUCUAGGACAAACCGGAGCAUCUGGAGCACCAGGAGGUCCAGUGUCACGGGAGUGGCCGGCCCAGUUUAUUCCUUCCUCCUCCUCAUCCUCUACUGCUGCUUCACUCCUUUCUCAGUCAUCUACCCAGUCACCUUCUCCCAGCCCAAGCCAGACCCCGACACCAAGCUCAAGCCAUGGACCACCCAACCCCAGUCAGGGGAGUCCCUCGUUGGUACCAGCAUCCAGCUGUGCUUCAACAAACUCACAACUUCAAGGUGCAGGGCACAGACUGGGGUCCAAACCCAGCUCCCUGGGUCUGGGAGCCGGUGCGGAAAAACGGAGUGGAUCCCCCAGUUCAGUAAAAUCAGCCGGUGCCCAACAGCAACCAGUGACUGCAGUAAGCAGCCCCAGUACCAAUGGUGGGAACAGCAGUAAUAACAGCAGUGGCGCCAUCCUGAGUACAGCUGCUCUGCAGGCCCAUCAGCACCAGAACCGAACUAAUGGAGGGGUUACGCUCUAUCCAUACCAGAUCUCCCAGAUGAUCUCUGAAGCCUCAAGAGAAGGAGGGACUGAAGCUGCCCUGAACCGCUGCAACACACACACUCCUGCACACACUAAUUCACCAUCACACACCAGUUCUCCCUGUAACACCCCAGCUGUCACCAGCACAGCACCAACCACAACCUCUGCUGCCGCCUCCUUCUUUGCCAGAGCGGCUCAGAAGUUGAACUUGGCAUCCAAGAAGAAGAAACAGAAAACUGCAGCAGUCACAGCUCCGGUGACAUCCUCUCCUCUGUCGUGUGACCCUCCUCUGUUCCCGACAAAUUUCAGCUCUGCCUUGCUGAAGGCACCUCCACCUGCUCCACCUUGCCUUCUUCGUGCAGCCAAUAAAAUCAAAGAUACACCUGGGCUUGGAAAGUCUGCCGAGCUCUUUGAUCGCUGCGAACAGCUGGCUGGAGGAAAAUCAUACACAAUGAUUGGUCAUGAUGACUCUCUUCAGACCCUGGGUAUUAUCCCCUGUGCCAUCUCCUGGUUGUUUAAGCUCAUCAACGAAAGAAAGGAGAAAACCGGAGCGCGCUUUUCUGUCCGUGUCUCUGCUGUUGAAGUUUGGGGAAAGGAGGAGAACUUGAAGGAUUUGUUGUCUGAAGUGGCUACAGGAAGCUUACAGGAUGGACAGUCACCUGGAGUCUAUCUGUGUGAGGAUCCUAUCUGUGGCAUGCAGCUCCAGAACCAGUCUGAACUUCGUGCUCCCACUCCAGAAAAGGCGGCCUGGUUUUUGGAUGCGGCCAUCGCAGCUCGCCACAGCAGCCAGCGGCCCAGCACCACAGAGGAAGAACACAGGAACUCCCACAUGCUCUUCACCUUACACAUAUACCAGUAUCGCAUGGAGAAGACGGGCAAAGGAGGGAUGUCAGGAGGUCGCAGUCGUCUCCACCUGCUGGACCUGGGCAGCUGCGAUGUUAAGGCUCUCGAAGGUGGAGGAAAAAACAAGGAGAACUCCUCGGCCUCGCUGUGUCUUUCUCUGUCUGCCCUCGGGAACGUGAUCCUGGCCCUGGUCAAUGGGAGCAAACACAUCCCGUACAAAGACAGCAAGCUGACCAUGUUGCUAAGGGAGUCGCUAGGCAACAUGAACUGCCGGACCACCAUGAUUGCUCACAUCUCUGCCUCACCCAGAGAUUUCUCAGAAACCCUUUCCACCAUCCAGAUUGCUUCACGCGUCCUCCGCAUGAAAAAGAAGAAAGCAAAAGUCACUGUGCAAUAUACAUCCAGCUCCUCUGGGGGAGAAAGCUCCUGCGAGGAGGGUCGGAUGCGUCGUCCGACCCACUUGCGGCCCUUCCAUCACCGUGGCGACACUGACUCUGAACUACCGCUGCUUAGACUGUCCAGCGACCCUGAUGAAUACUCCAGCAGCGAGCACUCAUGUGACACAGUGAUCUACGUGGGUCCAAACGGAGCAGCGGUGUCAGACAGAGAGCUGACGGACAACGAGGGCCCUCCAGAAUUUGUUCCAAUUAUUCCAGCUUUGCUGAGAGGGAAAACGUCAGAGCAGCAUCAAACACAGAGUCUAGGAACAAGAGUGCAGAGCAAGCCUCAGGCAGACGAACAGUCUGAUGGUGCCACCCAGCCGCUGUCGCAGCCCCCUCAGUCACUGCUCGGUCAGCCGUUGGCCCCGGUCCCAGAGGAAGGAGCUGAAUGCCUGAAGUGCAACACUUUUGCUGAGCUGCAGGAGAGACUGGACUGCAUUGAUGGCAGUGAGGAGGUUUCCAAGUUUCCUUUUGAAGAGGUUCCAGCAGGCAAACAAAGUGCCAAAGAAGAAUCAUGUCCUCCAUCAUCUGCUUUGUGCUCUGCUCCUGGCUCUGCAGCUGUGCUGGACACAGAAACCAAAAUAGCAGCAUCCAAGCGAAGCAAUGACCAGCAGCUGCAGGAGAUCAAGGAGGUGGUGGAGGAGGCAGAGCUGGCCCAGACAAUGAUCCACAGCCUGGCUCAGGUUGCUGGAUGCCCCAUAGUUACCAGUUCCAGGAGGGCGACAGGAAGCAGCAGUAUCGCCUCUAACCCCCUGCACAGAGCCAAGAGCUUCCAUGACAGCCGUGAGACUCUGAACACAGUUGGUAAUAUUGAGGGGAAGGGGCGCCCUCUGGGAUCACCUCGACUCGGCAUUGCUAGUCUGACCAAAACCUCAGAGUACAGGCCUCCAUCAUCCCCGUCCCAGCGGAGUAAGGUGUACACUCAGAAGGGUGUGAUGCCAGCAACCCCCCCUCAGUCCUCACACACUCUGGCUCAGGACAGCCAGGCUACAGAUGCUUUGACCUCAGACAACAGUUUGGCUGCAGACAGCGGCCGCUCCUCCACCGAGUCCCUGCUGUCCAGGACCUCUCCUGCAGGCAUGAGUCCACAAGUCCAGGAGGCAACUCCUUCUCUUUCUGCCAGUCUGGGCUCAGCUGAGACACUCUGUGAUGACGACGUCCCACCUAUACCUUUAGACACGCACAAGGAAGCAGUAUCUGUAGGAGCAGGAGGACCUUGCUUGCUUGGGCAAGAUGAACUGGUGUACACUGUGGCCUCUGGAGGUGAAGACCUGGUUACGGUUCUUAUCGAAGCACACAGCUUGGCCUGUCGUCCAGUGAGCAUCAUUAGCUUUAACAGCGACUGUGGCUCUGAAGCUGCACUCGCUUCAGACUCUCAACUCAUCAGCAUUGCCGAUACUACUGCUUCAGAAAGAGUUGUGGACAAUUAUCACAUGCCUCCAUGUCUUGCUACAGCCUCAGGGGUUAAAGAGGUGGUUGCCAUGGCAGAGGUGGCAAUGGCCAAGCUGCGAAUUGGUGAACCCUUAGCUACGGGGAUGUCCAACUCUGGUUCAACUGUUUCCUCCUGGAUGAGUGAUCUUAGUGAAGCUGAUCAGUCUCUUCACAGCUUCAGCCAGUCUCAGAGUCAGCAAGGAGAGGCUCUGGCUGAUCCUGAGAUGAGCCUUGGAGUUGAGGGUGUUGGUGGUUGUGAGAGUGGGACAAAUUCAAGGAGAGGGAGUCUGGAUGGAGAGCUGGCACUGUCUGAUAAAAGUAUGCCAAAUAAAGACAAGUUAAGAAAACUGCCUCCCUCUAUGGCUAAAACAAAUAUCCAAAUCCUGGCAGGGCCUGGAAACCUCUCUCCUUUCAAGAGUACCAAAAGUGUUCACCCAUGUGUGGCUGUCAAACCCAUGAUGAUACAAGAGCCCACCAUCCUCUCCUCACCCACAAAAACACAAUUUAUGAAAGACCCUAUAAUAUCCAAUUCAGUCGAUUUAGCCUCCAUUUCCAGUGAGAUGAGCUUUGAAGACCCCUGGUUAAAGCGUGAAAUGGAAGAGGGAAGGUCCAGGGACCUUAUAUGUGAAGUUAAACCAGAAAUAAGGGAGAUACAGACUUUAAAGAGCAACUCAGGAGAGAAAGUUGUAGCUGGGAAUGAUGACCAGCAAUGUUCCUGCACAGAUGGUGGUCAUAGCAGCUCUGGUUCAGGAGGGGAGGUGGUGUCGUCUCCAGACUCUUUUAAAAGAGUAGUGGAUGGUUGUGAAAUGGUUGCUGUUGUUAACCAAGGUGAAUGUUUGGCUGGUAUCUACAACUUAGAUAUCCACUGCACAGGUAGCCUUCCCCGUGGGUGGCACCGCCUUAACUACCAAGAUGGUUUAGACAAUGUAAUGGAGUACCGUAAUCUUGGCAUCACAACUUCAACUCCUUGCAGUCCACGGGCCACCCUUGAUCGCCUGGGAUCAAGCGGAAAACAAGGCUUUUUCUCCCACAAGAAAGGCGGCAUUCCACCUCUUCCACCAGUGCGUAAGUCUAGCCUUGACCAGCGAAACAGGGCAGCCAGCCCUCUCCACCAACUCAGCCAUGGAGUCUCAUCAGUGGGCAACACAGCAGAUAAUGCAGGAACUUUUGGAUGUGCUCCUGCAGGAAUCACCAGACAGCAUGGCUCCAGCAUCGACAGCAGCAGACUUUUCAGUGCCAAGCUGGAACAACUAGCCAAUAGAACUAAUUCUCUGGGCCGGGCCCACAGCUCACACAGCGGUUCUCAUCAUUAUGACUGCUUCUCCCUGGAGAGAGGUGAGAGCCUUAGAUGGGGAGGAGGGGUGAGGGGGGACACCACCAUACCUCGGACUGGACGUAGCCUCACUCGUGCUGGAUCAGUACCAUCUCCUACUGGAAACUCCAGCAACCCUAAUUUUGGCGGAAGUCCCAGUCCGAGCAGUGCACCACAGUCACCAGCCAAGACCAGCAGCCAGUCAAAGAUCUCAGCUGUCAGUAAGCUGUUAAUGACCAGCAGUCCUAAAACCAGGAGUCUUUCUGCUUCCAGCACCAAGACCCUAAGCUUCUCUACCAAGUCUUUAAACCAGACUACCAACCGCAGCUCCAGCCUUCCACCAAAUGGAAAGAACUCAGUCCAGGGUCUGAUGCAGCAGCAGGGACCUGCCCCUGGAUCCACCCAGUCUCUGAGCCGCAGUCGAGGGGGAAGCCUCACAGCCAAACUACCUCUGCGGGCUGUCAACAGCAGAAUCUCAGAGCUCCUUCAGGGAAGUGCAGGAUCUCGUUCAAGGAAUCAUGUCCAGGGAAGCGGCACAGAUCGAGCAGAUGUUAAAGAUAUUGGAGGGACAAGAGCUAGCCCACGAAAAACGAACUGCGAAGUAGCAAGGGACUACUGCCUCCAGCGUCGGCGUCUCAUCCCUGCUCUGACCUUGGACUCCUCCUCCUCUUCGUCACCUUCUCAGCGCUCUUCUAAACAAGCCAUCACGUCUUCUUCCUCGUCCUCCUCCAGUCCAGGUGCAUGCUGGGUAGAUGGUCCACUGGGGCCCCCUGUGUCCUCGAACCACCGCGGCGCAGCCACCGCAACAGAAACGUUUGAGAUCAAGGUGUAUGAGAUAGACGAUGUGGAACGACUACAGAAGAGGAGGGAUAAAGGAGGAAGCAAGGAGGUGGUGUACGUCAGUGCCAAGCUUCGUCUGCUGGAGCACCGCCAGCAGCGAAUCAGCGAAGUCAGAGCCAAGUACCAGUGUCUGAAGACAGAACUGGAGCAAACUAAACAGCACUUGAUGCUGGAGCCGCACAAAUGGACCACUGAGUUUGAGCUGCAGCAGCACUACGAUGUGGACUCAGUGGAGUAUUUGGAAGCUCUCGAGACAGUGACAGACAAACUGGAGACCAGAGUCAACUUCUGCAAAGCCCAUCUUAUGAUGAUUACCUGCUUUGAUGUUUCCUCAAGACAUCGGUAGACGGAUUAAGUGAUGGCGAGGUGGAAAAGGAAGGGAUGGACACACAGCUGGAGAUAAUUAGAUGCUAAUAUUUAGAUCAAUUGCAACAAUUACCAUAAUCAAACAUACUGAGAAAACAUUUCUUUACAACAACUGCCCAGCAUGCUGGGCGACUGGAAAUUUGGAGGAUAAAAGGGACCCAUGGAGGAAGUAACCCCUCAAUCACAAUCCUACAGAUGUGAAACAGAAGGACGGCUGCAGGUAUAUGGAAACAACAUACAAGCACCACGACAGAUAAACUUUUAGUUCAUCCGGAGACCCAGUUUAAAUGAAAAUGGCUGCUCAAAAAGGCAGAAAGAUGGUUGUACGUCAGGAAUUGUGCAAAAGAAAAAAGUGAUCAGUGAACAAAAUUAAAAACAAAUAUGCCUCAAAGACUCUAAAGAAUAAACAGAUGAAAGAAGAGGAAGCCUGAAAAAAAAGAAGGUCUUUUUAAAACAAUAGGGGAACAAAAACGAAAAACAAAUUUAACUUUUUAAAAGCGCACUUUUCAGAGUUUUGACCAUAAAUGCAGCACGCUCGCCACAGAAUGACGCAGAGUUAUUGUACUAACUCACCGAGAGGAAAACAGGAUAUGAUGUAGAUAAGUGCCUUGUGAACAUUUAUAACAAAACCAAGACCGAUCCUCUUUCUCUCUGUUUUUAUGUACAGACGAUAUGUACGGUGCUAGCAUAGUAACA